AAAAGGUUUUAUGAACAAAAUCCCUAAACUCUAAAACUAACCCUAUUUUAUAGAUAUUUGUAAACCUAUAUCCUUUUUCUAUGCUUUAUGAUUUGUGUUUGUAAACAGAGUUGAUGUUUAAAAAAAAUUUACAACAUGGAACAGACUAAAGAAAAAAUCGACUUGGCAUGUAGGACAGCAGAAGAAUUUACAAAACUGUAUUAUCAAACUAUUGACCAGAGACGUCAUUUAAUGUCUAGAUUAUAUUUGGAUAGUGGACUGUUAUCAUGGAAUGGAAAUGGUGUUACAGGCAAUGAAACAAUUCAAAAGUUUGUUAUAGAAUUACCACCUUCUGAACAUACAGUACAAACAUUGGAUGCUCAACCAAUAUUAGAUAAUGUGGUAAAUGGACAACUAACAUUUAUGAUUCAAGCUAGCGGAAUUGUAAAAUAUCAGCAAAAUAGUGCAAAAAACUUCCAGCAAAAUUUUAUAAUUACAGCACAAGGUGACAAAUGGAAAAUAGUUAGUGAUUGUUUUAGGCUCCAGGAAUAAAAUACAAUAGACAUUUAAAUCCAUUUAUAUAUUGCAAUCAAUAAAAAUAACAUUAUAAAAUCCUAAAAUCUAUUUCAAUUAUAACAUGAAAAGCAAAUCAAAACGAAAUUUAUUAAACAUAGUCAAAAAUGGCUUAUGUAAAAUAAAAUUACAAGUAAAUGAGCAAAACAGAUUUGUUAAAAAAUUUCAGUCUCAAGGGUUUGCAAUAAUUUUUUUGGGCAUUAUAGACCAAGGGGAAUGUUAAAUAACUUGGACUUUGAUGGCAAAUUUGUUCACAGCAGAAUACUUCUUACAUCCAGUACAUUAAUUUCACAUUUAGCCUAUUUAAAUUAUGUACAAUAUUACAACAUAUAAAUCAGAACUAUUCAUAUUUGUGAAUUUUCAAACCAUGACUUCAAAAAAAUCUUGAUAAUUUAAAAAAAACCUAUACUUAUUUAUAUAUUUUUUAAAUAUUUAUAAAAUAUGGUUAACAGUUGAAAAUCCAAAAAGAACAUCUAAAACACAUACAAAAAUGUAGUACCCACAUUUAGUUGUAUAAGAUUGGUAAAAAUUGCACAAAUACAUAAAGUAUAUUAUUUAAAAUGCAUCUUAUACUUAGUUGUAAAAUUUGGUAUUUAAAAAUAUAUAUCAUAUAAGUUCCAUUACCUAACAACUAGAAUAAACAUGUAAAAAUGUGAUGUUUAGGAACAUAGGAAAUGUGGGUAUGUUAAUUGUGCUUAAAGUAAAAUAAAAAUUAAUUAAUAAACAAAUGUUUGAAAACACAAAAAUUAAUCGCAAACUUGAAUUACAUUUAAAUCUAUAGUUCCUGGCCAAUUUAUUGGACUCUUUAAGCUUUAAGUAAUUUUUGCAAUAAAACUUUGAUUAAAACAUAAAUCAACAUGUUGUGAUGAAAUUUUUAUUGCAAAAACAAGUUUAAAGCCCUAAAAGUCGUAUUAAGUAUUUUAGGUAACUAAACUUAAUUUUAGUUAGAGUGUUUUUUAAGCUAAACAAGGCUACCAACUGUAUAUUCCUGUACUUAACUCCUUUUUUUUUAAUGUCGAUGUAUUCCUUGGCUUCUAGGGGCCUCAUAUGGACUAUUUCACAAAUUUCCAAAAUAAAAGAAAAGUGACUACUAAUAAAUUGGCCAGGGACUGUACUUGAUAUAUAUUAUUGUAAUUCAAACCUGUGAUGUUAUGUAUUCAAACUGUCUUUAACACUUGGAAAUAAUAAUUAAAGGCAAUUUUAGUAGCAUGGUUUUGAUGGUAUUUUUAGCCCAUUUAGAUUCACCAGACAUUAUCUUAAACAUGAUAUAAAAAAUUAUGUGUCAAGAAGGUUCAGUCUAAAAUUUUCACACUUAGAGAAAUCUUUUUUUGCAUUUAUAAAACAACCAAUUAGAAAUAAAUUACAAUAACAGGUUUAUUAAAAUAAAAUGCAUAUGAAAUUCAUCUAUAAAUAAUAAAUAAGACAAACAGUAUAAGGGGAAGAUAUAUGAGUUAAUAUAGAUUGGCAAUCUAAUGAUAUCAUUAUUUUUAAAUUGGUGGUUGAGUUCAGUAUAUUUAGGUUUUAUUAUUGCAAUUCAUUUAGUAGGAAAUUUUUGAGAUUGUUAGGAUAUAGGAAGUUUAAAUCGAGUUUUUAACGAUCAACCCCUUGCACCUUAAAUUUGCGAAUAACAGCCGUAUUUUUGAUAAUAUAAAAAAAAUAGCCAAUAUCAUUUUUGUCAAGAAAAAUAAGUUCAACAAAUUUGAUAUUUUUGAAUUUAUUGCCUAUUGAACGAGUAAUAACCGAUUAUUUUAGUCUAAAAUCUGUUUUUAUUAGCACUAUUGCACAAAUUGUCAUUCAAAAGUUGUUAAACACACAAUUACCUACAAAUGUUAUUGUUUACUUACUGUAGUGACCCCUUUUUCAAAUAACCGGUUAUUGUUAAAUAAUUUAAAAAUAUCAAGUUGGUAUACAAAUUUUUAGAACUCAUUCUUCUUGUCAAAAAUGGUAUCAAUGUUUUUUCGAUAUAAUUAAGAAUACGGCUGUUAUUUGCGAAUUCAUCCCUUAAUCCAAGAAGGUGGAAAAGCUACAAGGGGUUGAUGUUCAAAAACUCGGAUUUAAGCUUCCUAUAUGGUACCCUAACGAACGCAAAAAAGUCCUUACCUAAUGAAUUGCAAUAAUACCCAUAGAAAUCGGACUAACUUUACUGGACUAGUUACACUGCAUCGAGAAAUAGAAAAUCAUUAAAUGACAUCACUGGAAGUGCAACAAACGUCUAUAGAUCGCAUCCCCGACAAUGCCCGAACGUCCUCCAGAAGAUGAGUCGGUCGAUUUCGUGCUAGAUGUUGUCGAUGUCCGGAUUGGCGGCUUGUUCGUUGUCCGCGCCGGCGCCCGCCCCCGCUGCCGCUCCCUCUAACAGAAGCUGGUCGGCCAGGGAGGCGGGCAGGUCAGGCGGCAUCAGCGGCUCUCGCUGCUCGAUUACCGGGAUCGGAUUUCCUGUUGUGAAAAACGCGGUGUCAUGUGCCAAUUUUGAAAAAUGUUAGAAAAUAAUGCAUUCUUUUCAAACAUUCCAAUUACACUGUUCUGCAAAAACAAUAAAAUAAAUCUACCUACGGGAUUAUCAGCUAAAUUCAAAACUGCUCUAUCACAUCAGGUUACAGACUAGGAAUCGUUUAAAAUACCUGUUUAACAGACAUACAUUCCCUGGCCAAUUUAUUAGACUCGCUAACUAUUUUUCUUUAAUUUUGUCAAUUUGUAAAAUAGUUAAAUUUUUAAUUAUGUGAAUAGUUUAUGUAUACUUAUUUGAUUAGUUUGAACUAGUAUUAUUGAGAGAUUUAAAUUUUCUAAUAUUCAAACUAUUUAAAUAAUUCAACUUUCUUGAAUAUUCAAAAUUCGAAUUAAACAUCACUAUUCAAUUUGAUUUUAACACUAUUCUCACACCCCUAACUAAAGUAUUUUAACGCAAUUCUAUUCAUAAAAUCUUUUUUGUAGUUCAAAAAUGCAUUUUUUAAAAAAGAUAAACUAUUUUACAAAUCCCCAAAAUUGAAGAAAAAUUUUAAGCGAGUCUAAAAAACUGGGCAAGAACGGUAUACUAAAAUCGCUCAUUAUACUAAAAUCUCUCAUUUAAUAGCCGGUAGGAACAAAUUAACUGACUGCACGUGCACGCAUUGGUUGGAAAAGAAGGUUGAUUGACAAGCACUUUUGGCUUUAUUUUAAUUUCAAAAUUAUUAUUUUAUAAAAUCACUAUACGCUAAAGAAGUAUCGGGUUUUCGCAACACGCGCGCCAUCUGGUGGAUUUCGAUAGCAUUGUGUGAAUUUAAGAAUUGUCAACCAAACAUUUAAAGCGUACGAACUACAUCAUUUUUAAAUAAAUAGGUAGUUUUUUCACAAAAGAGAGGAAUGCAGAAGUCUGCCUCGAAAAAUUUUGUUCAAUUGCACAGCUAAAUCGCGCACGUUAUUUGUGUUUUAUGUUGCAAGGAAAAAACUAAAAAACUGGUUUAGUACUCGAUUUCGAUUGAUUAUUGUUUAUAUCAUUGAUUAAGAAACUCAACGCUUAAAUGCUUAUACAGGGUGUUUCUUUUAACUUGAGACAGCUCAAUAUCUCGAGAAAUACGCAUUUCACGGAAAAAUGUCUUAAAUAAAAGGUUAAUAACCAAAGGGGACACUAUUUGGUGCUACUGCUAGCCACCCCCUACCCCUCCUUAAGGGUGAAACGGGGGGUAACUUUGGAAAGUCAAAUGGGAUUACCCGAUUUUUUUCACAGAUUUUGGUAGUACAUAAAAAAACGAAUAACUUUUAUUUGAAACUUUUUUCAAUUAUCAACAGAUGGCGCUGUAAUUCAUUUAAGAAAAAUGGGCUUCCUUGUAAAAUGUAUUAUUUGAAACGUUUGAAAAACAAAAUUUAACAUUAAAUCAACAAUAGUCGGCUCUGAAAACAAUUUAUAACAAAUGUUCGAAAUGUCGUCCUUCCAUUCGACACAUUUUUGAACGCGGGUAAUGAAUUCUGGCACACAACGCGCCAACAUGUCGGUCGGUAUCGCCGCACAGGCGUUCCUGAUCCGUUCCACCAUGUCCUCCCGACUUGUAGGAAUUGCAGCGUAAACUUUUUCUUUCAAGUAAACCCACAGGAAGAAGUCUGGUGGCGUAAGAUCAGGUGAUCGAGCAGGCCAACUUACUGAACCACGUCUCCCGAUCCAAAACUUCUCGAGCAAUUGCCGAAUAAGGCGCAGGACAACCAUCAUGACAUUUAGAACAUUUGUUAUAAAUUGUUUUCAGAGCCGACUAUUGUUGAUUUAAUGUUAAUUUUUGUUUUUCAAACGUUUCAAAUAAUACAUUUUACAAGGAAACCCAUUUUUCUUAAAUUUUGAAUUACAGCGCCAUCUGUUGAUAAAUUGAAAAAAGUUUCAAAUAAAAGUAAUUCAUUUUUUU